GGGGCAGGGUGGGGCAUGAGGACAGUGAGUGUUGUGUCCCAUAGUUACUUGGGACCAGGGUGGAAGUAGGUGCCCCCAGGGGCACCCAGAGGCUCUUCAGCAUGUGUCUGCGCUUCUCGGAUGAUGAUCCUGUUCAAGUCAGCCCCGAAGGACCAAGAAGACCACAUCCCUCGAAAGUCACCGCAAAGCAGUCUACAGAUAAACGUAUUCAGCACAUGCAAAACAUCAAGAAGGAGAAGAGGAGGUUAAGCAAACGAUUCGCAAGGCCUUCUCCUAUUCCAGAGCCAGGACUCCUGUGGUCUGGAUAAAGCUGGAGUCUGCAUUGAAGAAACCAUGUACCAGAGUGAAUUUAUGGCCUUGGAAAUACAACUGUGUGCCAUGAUUUGACUUCAUGUGAAAAACAAAAGCAAUACUCUGCAAUUUCAGCAAAAUAAACAUGGUUCAAGCAAUUUACAUACAAACUAUGGCCUCUAAUAUCUUAUUAAAUAUCACUCCA